UUGGUACAGGGACAGCAAACCAGGCUGCAUCUGCUCAGCCCCAGUCACAAGCUCCCUGCUUCCUCUGUGUGUGUGUGUGUGUGUGUGCGCGCGCGCGUGCGUGUGUGUGUGUGUGCGCGCGCUAGACACAGGCAUCCGCUCACAGCAUCUUGCUGUCUCCUGCAUCCUCCAGCAGCAAGCACAGGUCUCUGGCUCGCUGGGUACCUCUCCAUCCCCUGGAGGGGAUUUGCACAGGAGGUGUGGGAUGUGGUGAGCACCUGCGGGUGGAGAGGGAGUCGUGGCUGGAGGCAGCGGUGAUGGGCAUUGUGUGGACUGCUUUCUAGGGCUGACACUCCCCAGACAGACUCUGACACUGAGCCAUGGGGGUGCUGAUGUCCAGGCGGCAGACGGUGGAGAAGGUGCAGAAGGUCAGCUUGGCCGUGUCAGCCUUUAAGGACGGGCUGCGGGAACAGCCAUCGACACGGCGGCGGGCAGAGGGAGGGGGAACUCGCCGGGGAACACUGGAGCAUGCUGUGCAGGAAGGAGAGGAGGAGGUAUCAGCAGGACCUUCCCAGCCAGAGGAGAGCAGUGCUAGCAAGGCAGCCUGGGAACGACUGCGGGAUGGCCGGGGCGUGGAGCCCGAGGAGUUUGACAGAGCCAACAGGUUCACUCCACCUGCCUUCAUCCGGCCCAAGCGGGAGCUGCAUGAUGAUGAGCCCUUGGACAUCAGCCUGGAGCAGCGGGAACAGGUCCACAAUGAUGAGAUAUGUGAGAUCUGCGAGGUGUGGACAGCCGAGAGCCUCUUCCCCUGCCGUGUCUGUAGCCGGGUGUACCACGAUGGCUGCCUGCGCCGCAUGGGCUACCUGCAGAAUGACAGCGCUGUAGAGGUGACGGAGACAGCGCACACUGAGACAGGCUGGAGCUGCUACUACUGUGACAACCUCAAUCUCCUGCUGACUGAGGAAGAGAUGUACAGCCUGAUGGAGACCCUGAAGCACUGCAAGAUCAUUCCAGAGACCUGCCUGACCUUGGAUGACUUUCUGCACUAUAAGCAUCUGGUGCACAAGCAGCAGUUUGAGAAGCCCAUGGCUGAGGCGCAGGAGGAGCAAGCAGCCCUGCAGUUCUCCGCCCUGGAUCCUGACAAGAAGGGGCACAUCGAGUGGCAUGACUUCCUCUCCCAUGAGUCCAUCCAGCUGCUGCAGAAACUGCGUCCGCAGAAUGCCCUCCUGCGGCUGCUGACAGCCAAGGAGCGGGAACGGGCACGGGCAGCCUUCCUGGCCCUGGACCAGGACAACGAUGGCUUCAUCGGAGAAAGCGAGUGCCGCCGGGCCCGGCACACCUGGUUCCGCAAGCACCAAAAGGAGACGCCAUCCUGCAAUGUCAGCAUCAGCCAUGUAGGGCCCAUGUCGGAGAGCAGCCCCGCCAGCAGCAGCAGUGGCAAGAGCCAGGAGAAGACCCCACCGGCUGCGGAGCAGGAGGAAACCAGGCUCAUCGACUGGUCUGGCUUCUUGAAGGAGAACAUCGCCUACAUCCUGGCUGCUCGCCCAAACAGCACCGCCCUCCACCUGCAGCCCCCCGCCUAGCUCCCCCCCCCGAUGACAUCUUGGGUGGCGAGGCUGCUCCUGCCAUGGGGACCUGCCUUGCCCAGCCAUGGGCAGAGCUGGACACCAACUGGCUGGGCAGCACCCGCCCACCUUCACACCCUGCAUCCCGUCAGCCAAAGGGAUGGGUGCUGGGCUCUGAU